AUCUACACUGAUCAUCGGGGCACUGAUGAUCAGUGUGCCCUGAUGAUCAGUGUAGCCCCAGCAGUGCCACCUGUCAGUGUCCAUUAGUGCCACAUCAAUGCCACAUAUCAGUGCCCAUCUGAGCUGCCUUUCAGUGUCACCCUUUAGUGCCAUCAGUGCCACCUAUCAGUGCCAGUCAGUGCCGUCUAUCAGUGCCGCCUAUCCGUGCCAUGCCAGUCAGUGCUGCCUUUCAGUGCCCAUCAGUGAUGCCUGUCAAUGCCCAUCAGUGCCACCUACCAGUGCCUCCUCAUCAGUGUCACCUAUCAGUGUCCAUCAGUGCAGCCUAUCAGUGCCCAUCACUGCAGCCUCGUUAGCGCACAUCAGC